CCGGGAGCGGCGGCGCGGCGCGGGGCGGGGCAGGCGCCCGGCUCAUGGAGCGGGGGAAGAUGGCGGAGGCGGAGAGCCUGGAGACGGCGGCGGAGCACGAGCGGAUCCUGCGGGAGAUCGAGAGCACGGACACGGCCUGCAUCGGGCCCACGCUCAGAUCUGUCUACGAUGGUGAGGAGCAUGGUCGGUUCAUGGAAAAGCUGGAAUCCCGUAUCCGCAAUCAUGACCGGGAGAUUGAGAAAAUGUGUAACUUCCAUUACCAGGGCUUUGUGGACUCCAUCACUGAACUUCUGAAAGUGAGAGGAGAAGCCCACAGAUUGAAGAAUCAAGUGACUGAUACUAAUAGAAAACUGCAGCACGAGGGGAAGGAACUGGUGGUAGCAAUGGAAGAGCUGAAGCAAUGUCGACUGCAGCAGAGAAAUAUUUCUGCCACGGUUGAUAAAUUAAUGCUGUGUUUGCCAGUCCUGGAGAUGUACAGCAAACUGAGGGAACAGAUGAAAACGAAAAGGCAUUACCCUGCAUUGAAAACUCUGGAGCACCUGGAACACACCUACCUGCCCCAAGUGAGCCACUAUCGCUUCUGCAAGGUCAUGGUGGACAACAUCCCCAAGCUUCGGGAAGAAAUCAAGGAUGUUUCCAUGUCUGAUCUCAAAGACUUCUUGGAAAGUAUCCGAAAGCACUCAGACAAAAUCGGGGAGACUGCCAUGAAGCAGGCGCAACAGCAAAGGAACCUGGAUAACAUCAUCUCACAACAACCCAGAAUAGGCAGCAGGAAAAAAUCCAAGAAAGAUGCAUAUACCAGCUUGGAUACAGAGCUAGAAAGCACUAGCCCCAAGUCUGAGCAAGAUUCAGGGAUUCUGGAUGUUGAAGAUGAAGAAGAGGAUGAAGAGGUGCCCGGGGCCCAAGAAUUGGUGGAUUUCUCUCCUGUAUAUCGCUGUCUGCACAUAUAUUCUGUACUGGGUGCUCGGGAAACCUUUGAAAACUACUACAGGAAACAGAGGCGGAAACAGGCUCGGCUGGUGCUCCAGCCCCCCUCCAACAUGCAUGAAACUUUAGAUGGCUACAGGAAAUAUUUUAAUCAAAUCGUAGGUUUUUUUGUGGUUGAAGAUCACAUUUUACAUACAACUCAGGGCUUAGUGAAUAGAGCCUACAUUGAUGAACUAUGGGAAAUGGCCUUGUCAAAAACCAUCGCUGCACUUCGGACACACUCGUCUUACUGCUCAGACCCAGACCUGGUAUUAGAUUUGAAGAACCUCAUUGUCCUUUUUGCAGACACACUUCAGGUGUAUGGUUUCCCAGUAAACCAGCUUUUUGACAUGCUGCUUGAGAUCAGAGACCAGUACAGUGACACCCUAUUGAAGAAAUGGGCAGGUGUUUUCAGAAACAUUCUUGAUUCAGACAACUACAGCCCCAUACCAGUGUCCAGUGAGGAGCUCUAUAAGAAGGUGGUUGGACAGUUCCCCUUCCAAGAUCCAGAUCUGGAAAAGCAGCCGUUUCCAAAGAAGUUUCCUUUCUCUGAAUUUGUGCCUAAGGUUUACAAUCAAAUUAAAGAAUUUAUCUACGCCUGUCUUAAGUUCUCAGAAGAUCUCCAUCUGAGCUCCACCGAGGUGGACGACAUGAUCCGGAAGUCGACAAAUUUGCUGUUGACCCGAACCCUGAGCAGCGCUCUGCAGAAUGUCAUCAAGAGGAAGAACGUGGGGCUGACAGAGCUUGUCCAGAUUAUCAUCAAUACAACUCACUUGGAGAAGUCCUGCAAGUACCUGGAGGAGUUCAUCACCAAUAUCACCAACGUGCUCCCCGAGACCGUCCACACCACAAAGCUGUAUGGGACCACCACAUUCAAGGAUGCCCGGCACGCUGCGGAGGAAGAGAUUUAUACGAACUUGAACCAGAAGAUCGAUCAGUUCCUGCAGCUGGCCGACUAUGACUGGAUGGCGGGGGACCCGGGCAGCAGGGCCAGCGACUACCUGAUGGACCUCAUUGCCUUUCUCCGGAGCACCUUUGCAGUCUUCACACACCUGCCUGGGAAGGUGGCUCAGACCGCAUGCAUGUCUGCCUGCAAGCACCUGGCCACGUCACUGAUGCAGCUGCUGCUGGAAGCGGACGUGCGGCAGCUCAGCCUGGGCGCCCUGCAGCAGUUCAACCUGGACGUCCAGGAGUGUGAACAGUUUGCCAGAUCCGGCCCGGUGCCUGGGUUCCAGGAGGACACGCUGCAGUUGGCCUUCAUCGACUUGAGACAACUCUUGGAUCUCUUCACCCAGUGGGACUGGUCGACGUACCUCGCUGACUACGGCCAACCCACCUGCAAGUACCUGCGGGUCAACCCGGUGACGGCCCUGGCCCUGCUCGAAAAGAUGAAGGACACCAGCCGCAAGAACAACAUGUUUGCCCAGUUCCGGAAGAACGAGCGGGACAAGCAGAAGCUCAUCGACACCGUGGCCAAGCAGCUGCGGGGACUUAUCAACAGCCACCACUCGUGAGGGCGGGGGGCGCCCCGGGGGGCCGGCCUCGGGCGCUCCCGGAGGCUCCAGAGAGAAUAUAUGUAUUUUUUGUAUGCCUUCUGUACAGUAGCCACAGACCCCCCGGAGCCGAGCGGGGCGGAGGGAAGGAGCCGGGGGCGACCGAGUCGGGGGCUCCUCCGGGGGUCCUUCCUGCCCGCUUCCUGCUCCCUCGGGCCGGCCCCGACUCCCUGUGCCCAUCAUCGUCGCCUCCCAAUGUCAAGUCCGGGGCGAAGGACCCAGGCCAAAUGCAGGGAAAAGGGGGUUGUCUAUAACACCGGGGGCCGUGCCCUCAGCGGGAACUAGAGGGCGCCCCGGGAGACCCUCCGAGAGGCAGUUUGGCGAGCACGAGCCCCUGAGGCGCAGCCCAAGACCCUGGUCAUGAGCCCCACGGGAACAGGAACUGGCUUCUGUGCCAGCGUCCUCCCCAAACCUCCUCCCCUCUACCCUCUGGAACACGGAGGAGCACAAAGCUGCUCCUGUCUGUCCCUCCCCCUCCCCUUAGGUGCCCCAAAGGCAAGCUCCUGCCCCCUGGACACAGACCCAUCCACCCAACCUUCAUGAAGGUGGCCCUCCUCCCUGCGGCCCUCCUCCUACGGCCCUCCUCCCUGCGGCCCUCCUCCCUGCAGCCCUCCUCCUUGCGGCCCUCCUCCCUGCAGCCCUCCUACGGCCCUCCUCCCUGCGGCCCUCCUCCCUGCGGCCCUCCUCCCUGCAGCCCUCCUCCUUGCGGCCCUCCUCCCUGCAGCCCUCCUGCGGCCCUCCUCCCUGCGGCCCUCCUCCUUGCGGCCCUCUCCCUUGGAAAGGCACCUCUGGGGCCGGGGUCCCUGCUGACCCUCCCUCAGAGUCACCGUGCCCUGGGCCCUCGGUCAGUAUCACUCACGUUCUCCAUAAUGAGGCUAAAGGGUCCCCCUCAUUCACAUUCCCCGAGAGCCAGCUUCUGCCUGGCCCCAAAUGGGGCCCUUCGGCCCCCGGGGGGCUCGGGUCUCUGGGGGGCCCCUUCCUCCAGGGCGGCCUCUGAGCCCCUGACACUCCUCCCUAGAGAAAAGCUGGGACCCCCGGCAGCGCCCGGACCCCCGGGGCCUGGGAGCAGGAAGCCCGACGAGCCGGGCCACGGGAGGGAGACGCUCGCUCAGUCAGCGCUCGUUAGCCUCCCUGCCCCGGCCCCUCCCGCAGCCCAGGAGCGAUGGGGAGGAGGGGGCAGGGAGCCCCCCACGGGGGGGGGGGGCGCACCAACGGGCCACGACUGCUGGCAGAGGCGCCUGAGAGCAUCAGCGAGCAGCGCCAAGGACGCGGCCCCGCCCCUCCAGCUUUGUUAGUGGGGGCACAGGCUCAUCCCACGGGGGCUUCCCAGCUGCUCGCGGCUGCUGGAGGCCGGGGUCUCCCCCCGUCACCCUUUCUCCCUCAUCUGUCCGUCUGUCUCUCCUUCCUCCCUGUCUCUGUCUCCUGUUUAUUCCCAGACCCCCCCCUCCACGUUUCCAUCAUGUCUUACUAAACAAGGGAAGGAAAGACCCCCAGAGUUCCCUCAGGAGAGGCCCCCAGACUGAGGGCCGGGCGGGGCUCCCUUCCAAAGGCUCGGCCUUGGCGAGGAUGAGCAGGGGCCUGGACCGCCCCGAGGCGGUCAGUCACUGAGGCCCCUGGCCCGGAGCUUUCCCACCAACUGCAGCACGGGCUGCCCGCUGUGGGGUCCCAGAGUACGCUGCCCUCUAUCCCCCCGUGCCCUCUGCCCCCCUGUACCCUCUGGCAUCAGGCUCCUGCAUCAAGAGGAAGGGAGGCUCCCCUUUCUUGUAGCAGCCUUCGGGCCGGAGGCCAAGUAGCCCCAGGGAGUCAGGGGCCACAGCUGAGCCCCCCCCCUCCCUCAGGUCCGUCCCCAGCCCUUCCUGCUGCUAAGGACCCUCCCCCCCCGCCCAGGGACGUAGGGAGCUGCCAUUUCUCUGUUUAAAAGAACAAGUGUCUUGCUCUAGAAAAAUGAACUUUGAAGUUUGUUUUUUCCAGUACCCCCGCCCCGCCCUCGUCCCCAUGGGUAAGACUGGCAUUCUGUGCCACGGCUGAGACCCGGCUCCUCAGAAGCACGCAGCCUCCCACGCCUGGCGGAGCAGACCGGCCUCGGUGCCCCCAGCUGGCAAAGGGAGGCUGCCCCGGUCCUCCCUCGCGGUCCUCCCUCGCCCACUCCUCCCGAGACGGUCUCCUCAGGGCCGGCCCCUUUGCUGAGUCCACGUAGACUCCAGAAGCCCCUCGAGCCGUUGGCCGGGCCAAGCACUCGGAUUGAUGGCGGGUUCCAGAGCCAGAGCCGGGCCCAGCACAGAUCCCACUGGUGGGAGGGUGGGGGUGGGGGUCUUUCUGAAGGAUCCCCCUGGUUGGGCCCACGGUGCCCCCCAGACUGUAGGGAGCUCCCCUCCUGAGGGCAGGAGAUGCCGGGGACCCCGGCCCCCAGUUCUCCCCCCGACACCCCAGGGAAUGGCCGGCCAGGGGGAGCUCCCUGUCCCUGGAGGCCCCGAAGGGCGAGAGCCGGGCAGAGCUGCAGCGGGCCCCCUGCCGUGCCCGCCCCCAGCGGGGGGCCCGCGCGUCCCCCUCAGACCAGCAGAAGCACCCCCGGCUGCCCUCCUCCUUUCCCCUCAUCUCACCCGCCAUCUUCUCCCUGCAUCCCAGGCCCUGGGUCUCACCCCUUCCCCCCAGUUUGUUAGGGAGGGAGGUCUGGGACCCGGCUGCAGGAGGGAGAGCUCUCGGACUUCCUGGCCCGGAACUGCCCCAGGUCCGCCUCGGGCGCUGCCCCCGACUCCCCUGGGGGGCCAGGGCCCAGCCUCCAGCCCCCCCAGUCACUCCAGCUCUGUCUUGGUUCAUUUUUUCCUCCCCCCCCCCCCCGCUGUACUUGGGGCCCCGGAGGCGCGGUGACGCCGGCUCCCUUCCCUUUUUGCACACACUUAUGGGGAUGGGGAGACCCCGCUUGUCGGUGGGAGACCCCGACGCGCGGCUCGCAGACGCACCUGCCAGGAAAGCGCAUGUUUCUUGUUCCUCGGUUUCUCCUGUAACGCCCCAUAAACCCGACUCGCGUGUACCUGGUGAACGGAACGGCGGAGCUCUGUCUCGUUCUUCUCGACCGCUCGUCCCGGGCUCCCGGGGCCGGCCAGCCGGACGGAGGCCCCUUGGGGGAGGGGGCCCUGGGGGGGCGGGCUGGGGGCAGCGGGAUGGACAGGUGGGGGGCGGCCUUCCGGCCCUUCCUGGCCUCUCUCCGGGCUCGGGACCUUGCCCAUGAGCACAGACACGUCCCCCCGCAUGCACACGGCACACCGCGGAGGUCUGGCCUAGCGGUUAAGGCUUCAGGGCCCGUCCGAAGCCCCCUGGGCCUUGCUUUGCUGCCGGGGACCCCUGGGGCCCUUCCCCCUGGCUCCCCACCCUGAGCAUUGGGGGCCUUUGGGCCCAGUCCCAGCCGGUGGCCCUCCCGGGAAGAAGGCCGCCACCCCAGGAGCCCCCCCGGGACCCCUCCCCGAUUUCCUGUCCUGGCCCAGGCCCGUGGCCUAGUCUCCACAUCCCUUAUAAAAGGUUCGCUCGGGACCCACGUGCUGUGGACUCGGGUGAAUUGCCCCCCAAACCAGCCCAGGAUCUGGGGCCUUUUCCCAGCUGCUGGGGGAGGGGCUCACGGAGUCGGGCUGGCGCAGGGAGACCCAGAGAGAAGGGGCUCGGACCGCACCGGGCCUCUCCUGGCCGGUGACUCAGCCAGACCUCUCUGAGGCUCAGUUUUCUAAUCCGUGAAAUGGGAUCAGGCCAGGAGGCCUCUUCCAGCUAGAUAUUGCGCGGACACGUUUACAGCAGUCACACCGGGUGGUCCUCCCGGGAGGAGGGCAGCUCUGGCCCGGCCUCCUUGCGCAGCCCUGGGGGGUCAUCCCCUCCUCCUGUGCCUGGAGCAUCAGUGGGCACGGUCCCUGGGGGGCAGCCCCUCCCGGCUUGGUCCGGAUCAGUGUGGGGGCAGGGGAGACCCCCUUGUUAAUACCUUCGGGAGAGCCCGGGAGCCGGCUCCGUGCUCGGCUCGGCCCGAGCUUCCCCCUGACGCUCGGGGCGCUGUGGGGAGCACCUGCUGGGCACUGUGGCAGCCACGAUUGUGCACCUACUGUGUGCCCAGAGAAUGCCCCCAAACCCUCCCGAUCCCUGGAGAAGCUGCUGUUCCACCGGAGGAGGAUGGACGUCGUGUGGCUGAUCCCGGGCCGGUCACUUUGUGGGCCCAGGGACAACAUGGGCGUCUGCCAGGGGACCCCCGGGGCCGCGGGCGGAGGAAGCGGCCCCGAGAUUGUGAACGAGAGUCCUCAUUUUACUGGGGAGACGGUCGGGCAAUAAACGUUGUCUCUCCUGCG